CCUCGGAAGCCUGGGAGCUCCCGACCGCCUCCCCCGGGCGCCGUGCCACCGCCCUCGACGCGUUCCCAACCCUGGCGCGCCCCCAGGCACCGGCGAUCGGCAUGGAGCUGCCGCCCCGCGGCCGGGCGCCGCCGGGCUCGCCGCUGUCCAGCAGCUCCCUGACCUCUCUGGACUCCAGCGUCUUCUGCAGCGAGGGCGAAGGGGAGCCCCUGGCGCUCGGGGACUGCUUCACGGUCAACGUGGGCGGCAGCCGCUUCGUGCUCUCGCAGCAGGCGCUGUCCUGCUUCCCACACACGCGCCUGGGCAAGCUGGCCGUGGUGGUGGCCUCCUACCGCCGCCUGGGAGCCCUGGCGGCCGCGCCCAGCCCCCUGGAGCUCUGCGACGACGCUAACCCCGUGGACAACGAGUACUUCUUCGACCGCAGCUCGCAGGCCUUCCGUUACGUCCUGCACUACUAUCGCACCGGCCGCCUGCACGUCAUGGAGCAGCUGUGCGCGCUCUCCUUCCUCCAGGAGAUCCAGUACUGGGGCAUCGACGAGCUCAGCAUCGACUCCUGCUGCAGGGACAGAUACUUCCGAAGAAAAGAGCUAAGUGAGACUCUAGACUUUAAGAAGGACACAGAUGACCAGGAAAGUCAACAUGAGAGUGAGCAGGACUUCUCACAGGGACCUUGCCCCACUGUCCGCCAGAAGCUCUGGAAUAUCCUGGAGAAGCCCGGGUCCUCCACAGCUGCCCGGAUCUUUGGGGUCAUCUCCAUCAUCUUCGUGGCGGUGUCCAUCGUCAACAUGGCCCUGAUGUCAGCAGAGCUAAGCUGGCUGAACCUGCAGCUGCUGGAAAUCCUGGAGUAUGUGUGCAUUAGCUGGUUCACCGGGGAGUUUGUCCUGCGUUUCCUGUGCGUGCGGGACAGGUGCCGCUUCCUGAGAAAGGUGCCCAACAUCAUAGACCUGCUUGCCAUCCUGCCCUUCUAUAUCACCCUGCUGGUAGAGAGCCUGAGCGGCAGCCAGACCACACAAGAGCUGGAAAACGUGGGACGCAUCGUCCAGGUUUUGAGGCUGCUCAGGGCACUGCGCAUGCUAAAGCUGGGCAGGCAUUCCACAGGAUUACGCUCCCUUGGAAUGACAAUCACCCAGUGCUAUGAAGAAGUCGGCCUACUGCUCCUAUUUCUAUCUGUGGGAAUUUCUAUAUUUUCAACUGUUGAAUAUUUUGCAGAGCAAAGCAUUCCCGACACAACCUUCACAAGUGUCCCUUGUGCAUGGUGGUGGGCCACUACAUCCAUGACUACUGUGGGAUAUGGGGACAUUAGGCCAGACACCACUACAGGAAAAAUUGUGGCCUUCAUGUGUAUAUUAUCGGGAAUCCUUGUCUUGGCCUUGCCUAUUGCUAUUAUUAAUGAUCGCUUCUCUGCGUGCUACUUCACCCUGAAACUCAAGGAAGCGGCUGCUAGACAGCGUGAAGCUUUGAAGAAGCUCACCAAGAAUAUAGCCACCGAUUCAUACAUCAGUGUCAACCUGAGAGAUGUCUAUGCCCGGAGUAUCAUGGAGAUGCUCCGUUUAAAAGGCAGAGAAAGAGCAAGUACUAGGAGCAGUGGGGGAGAUGAUUUCUGGUUUUAAAUUUGUUUUCAUUUUAUUUCCAAAAGCUGUGUACAAGUAACUCAAUUGAUAAAGCCUUGCUAUGGAUA